CAUUUUCAAUUUUUAAUAUAGGAUUACUUCAAACAGACUAAAAAGUGACUAGCAAAUCAUGGCAAAUCAUACUAAAGAAAAUGGAGUACAUUUCGACAGGAACAAAGAAAACAUCAAGAAGUCACCAGACCAAGCCAGCCUGAGUACCGCCAUCAUGUCCAUCCUUGGUGUAAUGUUUGCAAUAUUCUGUGUCGCAUUCCGAUCCACUCUUCUUCAUCAUGGCCAAUCAUUGUGGUUUGCAUCCGGGAACUUCAUAGCCAGGCAGUGGGGAGUCUUCUAUGAUUAUUUUGAUGGAAAUCUGGCUAAAAUGGGAAUAGCUCUUCAUUGUCUAUCUAUGCUGGAGCACUGGCUACUAGGAGGAUUGUUUCUCAUCAUGGAUCUGACCGGAAAACCAAAAUUCAUUACGAGAUACAAAGUGCAGUUAGACCAAACAGAGAUCCCUGCCGGUAAAUUACGAAGGACUUUAUGGACCGUCUUUCUGAACCAAACUCUUUAUAACAUUCCCAUCCUGGUUGCUUUAUACUACGUUGCUGUUUGGAGGGGGUGUGGAUCUACCGUUGAUGAGCUACCAACUUUCCAGACUUUACUUUAUCAGAUAGCUGUCUUUACUGUGGUCGAGGAAUUCGGAUUUUACUAUAGUCACAGAUUACUCCACCACCCAUGGUUGUAUAAGAAAUUCCACAAAAUUCAUCACGAGUGGACAGCGCCUUUUGGUUUGGCGUCUUUUAACGCGCAUCCAAUAGAACACGUCCUCUCAAACUUAUUCCCACCUGCACUGGGCGUGAUCAUUGCUGGUUCUCACAUUUUUGUAGCAUCAGUGUGGUUUAAUGUGGCUCUUUUUGUGUCAAUCAUCACUCAUUCAGGAUAUCAUCUUCCAUUUCUUCCAUCGCCAGAAUUCCAUGACUACCAUCAUUUAAAAUUUACCAAUAACUAUGGAGUUCUUGGGAUACUAGAUUGGCUUCAUGGAACCGAUACAAACUUCAGGAAGUCAAAGCAGUUCAUGAGACACAAGGCACUCCUUGGGUUCAAACCACUUAACCUAUCUAUUCCUGACAAUACAAAAUAAAGCAAAAUAUGAAUCUCGUUUAAAAAAAGCGAUUGCGAUAUAUACUCAAACAGCGAUAUUACGCAAAAGAAAUUUUAAAGAACUUGUGGUGCGUACGUGCCUUAGAAAUUAAAGAGUUAAUCCGGUAUAUUGGUGUUGUAUAUAACUUUUUUUAAAAACCGUUCAUGAUUUUGUACCAAUUCUUUUGUGCAGUAGAGAAAUGUUAGUUUGUUUUAUUAUUCUUUAUUUUUGUCAUUUUUAAGUUCCGUCCUACAUUCCAUUCCAGUCACCAUGCAGGGGCGGCGGAACCGGGGGAGGGGGUACUUGCCCCCCCCCCCAAAAAAAAAAAAUCCCAUUAGGAUAAAUGCG